AUGGAAGACGCCCCUCUGCUGGGCAGCAUGUCCAGCCCCGAAGACGAGAUGGUGACAGACCUCUUCAGCGCCGAAAGUCAGUUUGUUCCCGACAACCUUCCCCUGAAAACUGCCGUGACGGUAAAGCACGAGGAAGACGAUUUUCACGUCUUCAAGGACGCAUACCUGGGCCCUGCGGAUCCCAAAGAGCCCCUGCUGCACGCGUUCAACCCCGCGCUCGGCGGGGACUGCCAGAGCAAGGUCAAAGUGGAGCUGCUGGUGGACGAGAACGAAGACGAGGGACUCCUGGGGGAGUACCCGAACCUCCCGGAGAUCAACCCCCUGGAAGACGCCGUUCUCCCUGCCGCCCCGCAGCCGCAGGCCUACAACGUCCACUUCCUGUCCUCCCUGCUCACCCCGCACAGGAGCUCUGCCGUUGUGCCCCUGGGCGCCUGGGCCAGGGAGGGAGCUGCCCACCCCGGUGUCCGCGUGAUUCCAGUUGAAAUCAAGGAAGCAGGUGGUUCUAUCACAAGUAACAGUCUGGAGGAAGCAACUUUUCAGCGUCCUCUGGCCCAGGAGUCAUGUUGCAAGUUCCCAUCAUCUCAAGGAGCAGAGGAUGCCUCUGGCUGCUCUCAUAAGAAAGAGUCUAACCCAGUGGUGAUAUGUCAGUUGAAAGGGGGUACGCAAAUGCUGUGUAUAGACAGUUCUGGCACAAGAGAACUAAAAGCACUUCAUUUGGUUCCUCAGUAUCAAGACCAAAAUAAUUAUCUACAGUCAGAUGUCCCUAAACCCAUGACUACUUUAGUAGGAAGAUUUUUGCCAGUACCAGCAAAAUUAAAUCUCAUUACACAACAACUUGACAGUGGGGCCUUACCAUCUGCACUCAACGGGUCUGCUUUCCCCUCAGGAUCAACUCUUCCAGGACCACCACCAAAAAUAACUUUGGCUGGGUACUGUGAUUGCUUUGCUAGCGGGGACUUUUGCAACAACUGCAAUUGUAAUAAUUGUUGCAACAAUUUACGUCAUGAAAUCGAACGGUUUAAGGCCAUUAAGGCAUGUCUUGAUAGAAAUCCAGAAGCUUUCCAACCAAAAAUUGGGAAAGGAAAACUGGGUGAUGUGAAACCUCGACAUAACAAAGGAUGUAAUUGCAAGAGGUCGGGCUGCCUUAAGAACUACUGUGAGUGCUAUGAGGCCAAAAUUAUGUGUUCUUCUAUUUGCAAAUGCAUUGGUUGCAAAAAUUAUGAAGAAAGCCCAGAACGAAAAACACUAAUGAACAUGCCAAACUACAUGGAAAUUGGAGGUUUUGAAGGCGGCCAUCAUUUGUCACCAACGAAAUUUUCAGGACUGCCAAAAUUCAGAAAAGAUAGGCGGUCGACCUCGUGCAUCUCCUGGGAGGUGGUGGAAGCCACGUGCGCCUGCUUGCUGGCCCAGGGCGAAGAAGCGGAGAAGGAGCACCGCUCCCAGUGCCUGGCGGAGCAAAUGAUCCUAGAGGAGUUCGGGAGAUGCUUGUCACAGAUCCUCCAUGUUGAGUUUAAAUCCAAAGGGCUGAAGAUUGAGUAA